UGGUGAUCGCUUGGACGACUUGAAGCGCUCGCGCUUUCAUUGUUUCGUGCGGCCGGAGCGCACUGCUUUUGCAGUCCCGGUGCGUUUUCGACUGCCGUAAAGAAAAAAAAACUAAUAAGCAAAAGGAAAAGUAAGAUGGCGGCGGGCUCCACUUCCGUGAGCAAGCGAAAACUUUUCCAGAGCAGACGGUGCUGCAGCACGCCGGCAAUGGCGAGCCUAUCCGACUUUCCCGACUCGUUCAUCGAGGAGAUAAAAAGCAAGAUAUCACUGAAAGAGGCGCCGCUCGAAGCUGAAACCCCGGAAGCCUCGGAAGCCGAGACACCCUCCGUUGAGAGCAAUGGCGCCCCGGACACGAAAGAAAAUUCUGCCGUGGUCUUCUCCCUGCGCAACCAAGUCGGGGGCUUGGUCAGAGCUCUGAGAGUAUUCAAGGAGAAGAACGUCAACGUGCGGCACAUCGAGUCUCGCAAGUCUCGCGUCAACCCACAGCAGUACGAGAUCUUCGUGGGCGUCGACUGCGACCAGGGCACCAUGGACGACGUGGUGCACGCGCUCCAACACGAGGUGGACUGCAUCCAGCUCAGGGAGUACUACUCCUCCAAAGAGUUCGCCGGCAUGCCAUGGUUUCCCCGCAAGAUUUCCGACUUGGACAAGACUUCCAACAAAGUUCUCAUGUACGGAGCGGAAUUAGACGCCGACCAUCCGGGUUUCAAGGACCCGGAUUACAGACAGAGGCGCAUGUUUUUCGCUGACGUUGCGACGCAAUACAAGUAUGGCUCGCCUAUACCACGUGUGGAUUACACCCUCGAAGAACGCACCACGUGGGGACGCGUGUUCAGGGAACUCCGGCAACUGUACACCACGCAUGCCUGCUCAGAGUUCUUGGAGAACUUUCGCCUACUAAUAAAGUACUGUGGCUACAGAGAGGAUAACAUUCCCCAGCUGGAGGACGUCAGUCAGUUUCUGAAGUUCAGAACAGGAUUUCAGCUGAGACCCGUGGCGGGUUACCUGUCGGCGAGAGAUUUUCUGGCGGGCCUCGCAUUUCGCGUGUUUCACUGCACGCAAUACAUACGUCACAGCUCAGACCCAUUCUACACACCAGAGCCAGACUGUUGUCACGAACUUCUGGGUCACUGCCCGAUGCUGGCCGAUGCCAACUUCGCGCAAUUCUCACAAGAAAUUGGACUCGCCUCUCUGGGCGCGUCUGACGACGAGAUCGACAAGCUCGCUACGUGUUACUUUUUUACGGUAGAGUUCGGACUAUGCAAGCAAAACGGAGAAAUGAAGGUGUACGGAGCUGGUCUCCUUUCUUCAGCAGCAGAGUUACGUCACGCCCUUACGGACAAAGCAAAUGUGCUGCCGUUUGACCCAGCCAUAACAAUUGAGACGGAGCCUAUCAUCACGGCUUUCCAAAACGUCUAUUUCUACACGGACAGUUUCAACGAAGCGAAGCUGCAAAUGAGGGAGUUCGCCAAGACCAUCAAGCGCCCCUUCGGCUUACGCUACAACCCGUACACUCAGACCGUGGACGUUCUCACCAACACCCGCAAGAUCGCCAAUAUCGUCAGCGAACUGAAGGGAGACCUCUGCAUCGUCACCAACGCCCUGAGCAAAUUGAAGGCGUCUGACACUGAGGAUCCCAACCGCUAAGCAGGCGGUCAAGUCAGCCGGCCGAGUGGUGACUGAGUGUGACAAAAUUGUGUUUUAUUUGGUCGUAAGUGUAACAACAGCAUGGACAUAGGCGUGUGCAGGGUUCGCC